AUGUCGACCACCAGCUCCAGCACAAACGUGAACAUACCCUUUGGGCUCCCCGAAGACGGAGUCCAAGGGCUCGACAGAGGAGAAGCUUAUACAAGAUGGAUGAAGAGAGGACCUGCAUCGCAAAUCGUAGACCUUGUUGAGGAACUCAAGAAAAUCAAGGGGGUCGUCGAGCCUGGGCUUAAGGGCUUGCUUGGCAAACGAACCAGCACUCCGGAGGUUGGCAUCGAUAGUAUUAAACGGGAAAAGCUCGAAGCUGAGAGACUGUUAAGGCUGGCCUUGAUGCAAGUGACCCGUCAGUGGCUGCAAAGCCAGCAGCAUUUUCCAGCGAACAAAAAGCAAAAGACAAUUCUUAAUGGUCGCCCUUUUGAGCAGACGGGUCCACCAGUUGUCCUCUUCCAUCCGGUAUUCGGCGAAUUCAUUCGAGAUAUGGAUGAUCAAAGUCUCGUGAUACCUGAUAAAACCUACCAAUUGACUGAGGACUUUCUUUGGGCGUCGGCAGAAUUCUACGACGACGAAGAUGCUCGCAAAACCACAAUCAAGAAAAUCCUUGGAAAAAUAUGGGGUCACAUCGGUUCAGCAAACUUCGGAAAGCGCGAUUGCUCAAGUGACGGAGUCUUAAUUACUAAUAUCAACGAGUCAGUGGCUUACCGGAUGAUACUGGAGUUCAAAAACGAGGUUGGAACGGGUGGAACCGACCCGACGCUUCAAACAGCCCUAUACUACCGUGGCUAUAGGUCUCAGGACGAUGCAAAAAGUAUUCGAGAUCUUUGCUGUUGCCCAACCUUUGGGGUUGCCAUCGCUGGUCCAUGGAUGUGCAUUCUUGGAGCUGUCCUUCUCGACAAAACUGUAGUGCAGCUGUUGACGCCAUUCCUUCCCUUGACGGAAACACUAUAUGAUGACAAGCAUGUUGGACGCGUUUCUCGAAUUCUGGUAGCGCUCGGUCGUGCGUUCGAUAAGUUACAAAUGUUCUACACAGGUUUAACCAGUUCUAGUGUGGAUGGACAACAACGCUAUUUUCCGCAUUUUCGACAGUUUGUAGAUUCAGCCGGCACACCCGUUGCCUUCACAUACCUUUCCCAGUUGACAGAGAGGGGCGUACCAGACUGGUGUGGAAGGCAAAGACCGAACGGGAUCAGCGCUUGA